GAGAAUGUCAGCUGCUUUUGAACCCAAAUAUGCCAACACGCCCUGCAAGCCCACAACGAACCGGGCCCAUGGGCGAUGGCCGCUGCUGCCGCGCGCCGCUCGCGGCGCCUCGCCGGCUUCCUCCUCCUCGCCUGCCGCACACCGAACCCUAAACCCCUCUCCUCCUCGGCCAGCUCCGCGCCUCCCACGACCGCCCGGGUCCGCGAGGAUAUCGACCUCACGCGGCGCCUACUCCGGCUCCGCUUCCGUCCGCCGCGCGGGGCCGCCGCGGCCGCCGUCGAGAGAUGGGCCCGGGAGCGCGGCCACGUCUCGCAGCCGGAGCUCCGUCGCGCAAUCGUGCAGCUCCGGGGCACACGCCGCUACGAGCACGCCCUCGAGGUUUUCUCUUGGAUGGAUUCCUGCAACACUCUCAAAUUGUCAUCAUGGGAUCAUGCAGCAAGACUGGGCUUGAUUGCUAAAGCUCAUGGCGCUUCACAAGCUGAGGAAUAUUACAAGAAACUAAAGAACGCUGCUGCCAAAAGAGCUGCAUCAUUCCCUCUACUCCACUGCUAUGUUUCAGAAAGAAAUGUAAAGAAGGCUGAAACCUUUAUGUCUGAGUUGCAAAGUUGUGGGCUGCCUGUUGAUCCUCACUCAUUCAAUGAAAUGAUGAAGCUCUAUGUUGCAACCUGUCAGUAUGAAAAAGUCCUCAGUGUAAUUGACCUCAUGAAACGCAAUAAUAUUCCCAGAAAUGUUCUCUCCUACAAUCUCUGGAUAAAUGCAUGUGCUCAAGUCUCUGGUGUUGCCUCAGUACAAUCAGUGUUCAAGGAGAUGGUGAAUGAUGAUAUGGUGGAGAUUGGUUGGAGCACAUACGGCACAUUAGCCAACAUCUUCAGGAUGCACGGACUGACUACUAAAGCGCAAGCUUGCCUUAGGAAAGCUGAAACAAAACUUUCGCCAACAGGGCGCUUAGGAUACUCCUUCCUAAUGACAUGUUAUGCGGCUCUGAAUGACAGUGAUGGAGUUAUGAGACUGUGGGAGGCUAGUAAAAGUGUCCCAGGUAGAAUCCCCAAUGCAAACUACAUGACUGCAAUGCUAUGUUCAAUAAAAGUUGGUGACAUCAGCCGGGCUGAGUGGAUCUUUGGAAGCUGGGAAGUAGUGUGCAGGAAGCAUGAUGUGCGGGUUUCAAAUGUUCUUCUUGGUGCUUAUGUGAGGAAUGGGUGGAUUGAAAAGGCUGAGAGACUCCACCUCCACAUGCUGGAGAAAGGAGCCCGUCCAAAUUACAAGACAUGGGAGAUAUUGAUGGAGGGAUACAUUCAGAGUACGCAGAUGGACAAAGCUGUGGAUGCCAUGAAGAAAGGUUUGUCUUUGUUGAAGAGCUGCCAUUGGAGACCUCCACUUGAACUGUUGGAGGCCAUUGCAAAACAUUUCGAGGAGCAAGGCAGUGCUGAUGAUGCAUAUAGAUACGCUAAGGUUCUCCAAAGGUUUAAGUUGACAAGCUUGCCCCUAUACAAGUCAUUACUUCGAGCGUAUAUCAAUGCUGACAUUGUGCCACCGAAUAUCCUUGAGAUGAUAGCAAAAGAUCAGAUUAUUAUGGAUGAAGAAAUGGACCGAUUGAUCAUACUUGCUGGUAAGAUAGAUAUCACAUGCAAUGGAUUGCCUUUUACUGGAACAGGCAAUCAUCAGUCAAAUGAUAAAUAACAUUCAAUCGACUUUGUCAGUUAGAGCUGCAAAGUCCAGAACAGAACCUGCAAAUAAGAUUCCAGAAAAGGUGAGCUCCUGGAGUCCCUGCCCGGUGUUCCUGCUAACCUGAGUAACUCCAUCUCCUUGGGAACGAUUAAGAUUGUAUUCGGAGAACGUGGAGCAUGAAGUGAUCACCUGAACCAACACAGAAAAAUGCUUACAACUUCUCAAGGGUCACCUGAACCUUUGGACUACCAGAGCUUCCUCAAGUCUGAAUCUCCAUUGCCCAGUCACUUAUUUAGCCGUGCAACCAGUUCUGUGAUGCAAGAACAUGGUUUGCUAACUUGUUUCUUACCCCCUCUAUCCACAAAAAGCUGGGUAGCUCCAUGUAACAUCUGCGGAUAAAAUGAAUGAGUUGUCCUGGUAGAAUUUUCCACAGAUCAGGCCCCAGAAUCUUGCUCUGACUUCCAGCGAUGGUUUUGAGCAAGGUGAAUAGAAGAUUUGUUGUUUCA